UUAGUGUUUAAAAGAAACCAGGUAACUUUAUCAGGACCAUGUUUUCAAACUUUUAAUACACGUUGAGUACUGUAUGCCCAGCAGCACCAAUCGCACCUGAUCACUAGCACAACUACAGCAUACAAUAAUCAUGACUAGAAAACAUUAAGAAUUCACAACAGCAACGCCGAAGUUCCAUUGACUUGAGCUAGGAGGUGAUUAAAAGAGGAAGAAAAGAAAGGUGCGUUCAUUGUGACAGCCCUCACGGCCGAACGACAGCACUAAUGGCACCUGCGGUUAUGCGGGCUGACAAGGAUACCGGUGCCCACGGCGCUCCGCUCGGCGCAUGCGUUGCGCUGCCGGCAAUUGUUGCUCCGCUCCGCUCCGUUCCAACUUGCAGUCGGCCCCCGAGAGGCGUAGGCGCGGCCGGGGCCGGGAUGAGAGAGGCGAGGCGGGGCGGCCCGUGGGCGCUGUCGCUGUCCUUGGUGCUGGCCGUGGGGUGCGCGGCGCGCAGCGCCGAUGAGCCCAGCAACAUGUCCUACGUGAAGGAGACGGUGGAUAAGCUGCUGCACGGCUACGAUAUCCGCCUCAGGCCUGACUUCGGAGGUCCGCCCGUCGACGUGGGCAUGCGGAUCGAAAUCGCCAGCAUCGACGUGGUGUCGGAAGUCAACAUGGACUACACCCUUACCAUGUACUUCCAGCAAUCGUGGAGGGACAAAAGGCUCUCUUAUUCUGGAAUACCUCUGAACCUAACACUGGACAACAGAGUAGCUGAUCAGCUCUGGGUGCCUGACACGUAUUUCCAAAAUGACAAGAAGUCCUUUGUCCAUGGAGUGACAGUGAAAAACCGAAUGAUUCGGCUCCAUCCAGAUGGGACAGUCCUCUAUGGCCUACGGAUUACAACAACAGCUGCUUGCAUGAUGGAUCUACGAAGAUAUCCUCUGGAUGAACAAAACUGCACUCUAGAAAUUGAAAGUUAUGGAUACACCACUGAUGAUAUUGAAUUUUACUGGAACGGAGAGUCUGCAGUAACUGGAGUUAGUAACAUCGAGCUCCCACAAUUUUCUAUUGUUGAUUACAAGAUGAUAUCAAAGAGAGUGGAGUUCACAACAGGAGCAUAUCCUCGGUUAUCACUUAGCUUCCGGCUUAAGAGAAAUAUUGGUUACUUCAUUCUGCAAACAUAUAUGCCUUCCACGUUGAUCACAAUUCUGUCAUGGGUAUCUUUUUGGAUCAAUUAUGAUGCCUCUGCAGCCAGAGUUGCUCUUGGAAUCACAACUGUGCUGACCAUGACAACCAUUAGCACCCACCUUAGGGAGACACUGCCAAAGAUUCCCUAUGUCAAGGCAAUAGAUAUUUACCUGAUGGGAUGCUUUGUGUUUGUGUUUCUGGCCUUGCUGGAAUAUGCUUUUGUAAACUAUAUAUUCUUUGGGAAAGGACCCCAGCGUCAAAAAAAGGCAGCAAUCAGAGAGACAGGCAGGAAGAGCAGACUGGAAACAUAUAGAGUCCAGAGAGUCACAGCACAGGUUGAGCCCCACGGAAACAUGCUGCUUAGCACACUCAACAUAAGAAAUGAUGUCAGCAGCUCGGAUGUGUUCUUGAGCCGCCGUGAUGCCCAAGGCCCCAUGUACACAUCUGAUGGUCUGCAGCACAGAAGGGCCCUCUCUGGCAGGGCGCCCUACAGCAGGAGCGCACUGGACAGGCACAGGCUUCAUCAGAAAGGGCACUUGCGAAGGAGGGCAUCCCAGAUCAGAGUCAAGAUACCUGACUUGACUGAUGUUAACUCCAUAGACAAGUGGUCCAGGAUGGUCUUUCCUGUCACAUUUAUUCUUUUCAAUGUUGUUUACUGGCUGUAUUAUGUACACUAAUGUAUGCAAUAAUGUUGCUGUACACUAACAUAUUGAGGCUUGUUUCUUUUCCAUCCCAGUUUUGCUAACUACAAAUAUCUGCAAUAAACAUAACAUGAGAUUUUCAAGGUAAGGUACCUAUCCAAUGAAUACCUCUAGAUCUAGGCUUUCAAAGCAAACACUCAAAUAAAUGAAAAAGCACCCAUACUUACCACAUUCUGAUCAGAAUACUACUAAAUUCCUUAAUUUCUACGGUAUGCAUCACUCACAAUCUUCCUGUAUUUGCUUUUGUCUUUUUUAAGUGGAAUAAAAUUUAGCCACAUACUGUAAUCCCCUGGCAGCAUAUUUCCAAACAAGAUAGUAAAAUGACUCAAAGCAGUCAUCAUGUCACAGUAUUUAAGUAUUAAAAGUGUAAAGAAAUCAGAAGAAAUAACUUUCGCAAGAUUAUAACUGUUGCAUCACACACCAUUUCAAAAUAAUUCUACUAAAAAAUGUUUUCAUUCAAGGAGAUAUAAGCCAACUAAUAUUUCAGAGAGGCCAGGAUCUUCAAAGGAAAGAAACGGAGACAAACUCCACUGAGUUUUCAACCAUGGAAUCAGAGGUUUGGACCUAACUGGAAUUUUGUUAUUUCCACAAAGUAGCAAAGUUGAAAUUGAUAUGCCAUCUGUAAUUAUGUAUUAAAAUCAGAAAAUUCCUGCAAGCAAUUGCUACAGGAUACCCCAGACCCAAAGCGGACUGUUUUCUUGGCUUUCAGAUUUCCUGUAUCCAGUAAUUGCAACACAUCUUCCCAAGAGCUAGCAGAGAUCUGGGAACAGAUCAAGCAAGAGUUCUGCACACAGGGUCCUACAGAUUUCCCGACUCUGAUGAAGAACAGAAGACAUAGCCAAGCCUAAAGGCACACUAGUGGUGCUGGAUACAUGGCUCUUCCCACUCUCAGAGCUCAGAUUAGGCCAACACCACUGCGUGUUGCCAAACAUAAACCCAGGCAAGGAGCCGAGCCCCAGUAACCUGCCUUCAGCUAAAGAGUAGUAGGUCAGCCAUCUACCUGCAGCAAACCUUCUAAGAGUCUAGAAACAGUCCAGAAUGAUAAAUGCCCAAGAAUGGGAAUAACUUCAAUGUAUUUAUUACAAAAAAACGUGAAGCUGCAACAGGCAUUUGGCAUCGCUAAUCCAGUGGGGUACUUGAGUCUAGCAGUUUUGUUGUGAAUUCCAAGGUCUCAAUCUCAUCCCAUAUUCAGUGGAGCACAGAAAUUGUCUCAACCUUUAAUAGAAUAGUUGCUGUGACAGCUUAGAGAUCACUGCAUACCUGCCUGAUUACAAUAGUAAUUUCUCUGCGUGCUACAGGUACUGAAACACCAGCAAAGACUCCUCUGAUGGUCUAACAUACCUUCAGCUUAACACCAAAACUGUAACUAUAAUUUUGCAUAUAUGUAUCCAUCCGCUGCUAUCAGUAAUAAAAGAACCCAAUGUCAAAUGCAGUCUGCAACUCACUCUUAGGAAAUAGCACCUAACUGUGACACUCAAGAUCAUCUAAACCAAAAGAGAAAAGGAAAAAAAGCUUUCAGAUGCUAACCUGCUCCUGUUAACCUCUCUCCAGCUCAGAAAUGCCAAACUAGUUCAACUGAUUGGACACAGUCAAAGACAGAGUAGAAGGAAAGUCCAU